UGAAUUGUAGCAACAAAGGGAAGAAAAAAACAUUUUACAAAAGUCAAUUCACGACACGAAUGGAAAGAAGAAGCGUUAAUAAUUCACUACGUCAAAGAGCAAAGCAAAGUUCGGAAAUAAAAACACUUGCAGGACUUUUGGUCAUUACUCGAAUUUUGCGAGUAAAUAAUUGUAAAUAAACGGGCUAUAAUCUGUAUCUGCAAGAAUCUGAAGAUUCAAAAAGUGUUGAAGUGACGUGGAACCCGACUGGUAGAACGAAAUAGGUGCAAUACUUCAUCGUCCACAAUCAGUGCUUGAAUAAAUUAAUAACAGGGGCGAAGGUGUAGGCACAAACACACCUACGGCUGCGAUAAGGCCACGAGAAUCGUUUGCAAAUUUGUAAAACGCAUCGAAAUUUGUAGAACACCCUAAGUAGGAGCAUCUCAACAACAAGGUGAAUAUGCAAUUAAUAUGAAAUUUUAAUGGAGCACAAGUCAACAGCGUUUGCCCAUUCGAAAGUUUGUUGUUAAACAUAAAACAACUGUAGUUCAAAGCGUCAGGUGCACGUCAUUGGUCACUGACCCCUUAACUGUUGCCCCCACGACGAUCGGUUCUUCGGAUGACCCCCUAAAUAUGUCUGUGCGCACCAAAGUCCUCGGUUUAGUGGAUGUAAUGAUGCGCGUGCCGCCCAUCUUGGUCAUUGAUGAGGUACUCAAAAUCAGUAUGGGACUACCAACGCGUUUCUAUCCCACAGCCACCGAUCAGGGACUACAUAUUGACGAAUUCAAUGAAAACCGAACACAUAGUGACGCAGCCAAUGUCCCAAGCGAUUCAGCAUCUAGUUUUCCUGAUAUCAACCAUGCCAGCCUUGCAAAUAACACAAGCGGAGAAAGUUCAGGCGGUGAUAGUGUACUGGAGCGUGCCAUAGUCAAUGCAUCGGCUACAGCCGCUUCAAGUGGUGUGCUCAGCAGCUCUUUUGGCCUCAUGAUGAACGAUUUGGCGCAGGACACAUUUCUCUCCGAUGUGCUGUCAAUAACUUCGGUCAAAUUUGUUAUCUGCUUAAUGGUAUUCCUAAGUGCUGCUUGCAUAUUUAUGUUAUGGACUCGACAUCUGGUGAUGGUCUACAUGUUUGUGAUUUCGUUGGGCCUAACCUUUCUGUCGUAUUGGUCGAACGUAUCUGCAUUGGCCGUUAUGGAGAAAUCGCCAUGUAUAUUGGGGGAUUUGCUUUCGUUUAACACAACACGGUUGCUGGACACAAGUGGUGUUGCGAUGUCACUCGUUCCACAUCUGGUAGCUCAAUGGUUCAUGGGUAUGCUGUUCGCGUACGUGCAUUUAGGUCCACGUUAUUCAGCCAUACAAAAAAUUAUGCCAGUCGUGUUUGCCAGUCCCAUCUUGUUGGCAAUGUUGCCCCUGCCGCCGCGCAUUGUCAAGGAUUUGCCUGUGCUGGCCGGCGCUGUGCCGCUGAUACUAACCAAAAUUACAAUGCUGAGCAGUGCUAUAGACGCGGCCAAGACGGUUUACAAUGGUUACCAGUAUGCAAUGAAUUUUGUAUCGAAUUUUGGCUUAUCCGCAUUGAUUGAAAAUGAAUGGCAAAGGCUGAAUGUGCCGAGUGUGCUGCGUGUGUUCUGGACUAUCAGAAUCGGACAGGAAUUCAUUUCAAUUGUGUUGUCCGAUAGCAACACGGCAUUGAGUUUCUUUCCCACCGUGCAAAAAUUGUUGGUCGAUGGUUGUGAAACACUCACCGCUGUGUUGGGCAUGACUUCGAUUAUCUCGGUGAUUUGCCACUAUAUUGGACGCGCAUUUCAAUGGUACCUACUCACGUUCGACAACGACGAAGAAAAGUCACUGGGCACUGUUUCCGCUGUACUCUUCUACAUACUAGCGCUGCAGACAGGACUCACAUCAUUGGCACCCGAUAAGCGCUUCGUGCGCUUGUGUCGCAAUUUAUGCUUAUUGAUAACUGCAUUACUACAUUUCUUACACAAUAUUGUAUCGCCUAUAUUGCUGUCAUUGAGUGCCGCACGCAAUCCCUCACGAAAGCGUCAUGUGCGUGCGCUCACCGUGUGCGCCUUCCUGGUCAUUACGCCGAUUUGCUUGCUCGCCGCACUCUGGACACGGCAUUCGCCGUCUACCUGGUUACUCGCAGUUACGGCCUUCUCCGUUGAAGUGGUCGUAAAGGUACUUGUUUCGCUGGCCACGUACACUCUAUUUUUGCUCGAUGCAGGGCGACAAACUUUCUGGGAGAAACUGGAUGAUUAUUUGUACUAUGUACGGGCCUUUGGUAAUUCGGUUGAGUUUUGCUUUGGUAUAUUGCUUUUCUUUAACGGUGCUUGGAUUUUAAUUUUUGAGUCUGCCGAAAAUGUUAUAGGCGGUGCUAUACGAGCCAUCAUGAUGUGCAUCCAUGCCUAUUUCAAUAUUUGGUGUGAGGCUCGUGCCGGUUGGUCCGUGUUCAUGAAGCGACGUUCGGCCGUACACAAGAUCUCCGCACUGCCCGAGGCGACACCAGCUCAAUUGCACGCUUUCGAUGAUGUCUGCGCCAUAUGUUACCAGGAAAUGUAUUCUGCCAAAAUUACACGCUGCCGCCACUAUUUCCAUGGUGUGUGUUUGCGUAAAUGGCUAUACGUGCAAGAUCGGUGUCCGCUCUGCCAUGAAAUCAUGAUGUACUCGGACAAGAGUGAAGAAAACGACGCGCAGACGCCUGCAGAUAGUCCCGCGCCUAUUGUGCAUCAAUACAAUAACGAAGGCGACGAAGAGCACACCUCCAGCUCAGCCAGCUCAACCCCCAGACUGGCGAGCAAUACAGCUUCGAGUACUGCAGCUACAACGACGUCGGCUGCCGCGGUAGCUACAGCAGCUGCCAGUAACACAACACAGACAUUUCGAUUGUCGGCAGACAUUGGGAUACAGGAAUAAAGUUUUGGGAUAUAGUAAAAAAACACUAAAUUAAACGAAAAUUAGAAAAAAUCCAAACGAAAUGUUGAAUGUGGUUGCAUGUGAAAACGGGUGGGUGUGCGUCAAGCAAAACAUAAAACAAGUAAAAGACAUGAAUUCGCUCAACAAUGCAAGUUUAUUGAGCUAUUAAUGUGUACUUAUGUAUGUAAAGCAUAUGCAAUACAUUUGGUUCUUAUGUAAACCUUUAAAUUAUAUUAUACAGGCUUGGUAAAAGUCAGUUUUCUAGCUCGUGGUUAAGCAGGCACCCAAACAAAAAGCAAAAAACAUAUAAAUAUUGUAUAAAAAAGACACACUCCCGGCGGGAUCGAGGAGGAAGGUUAUGGAAGAAAGAGCAAAAAGCUCGACAAAUGAGAGCAGCAAGGAGAAAAGACGUACUACACAACGCUAUGCAGCCAAACAAAUUGGAAAUUGGUCCCGCAAUGGUCAGUGGCAUUAGCGUUCUACGCACGAGAUUACAUUGUUGAAUUUGAUCAUUCGCGUCCUCUGUUCAAAAGGAGGCAUUCGUGCUUUGCCUCUGUGGCGCACUAUUUUACAGCUUGUACGAUUUGUAAAUAUGUACUACUAUUAUGAAAA